CGAUUCGGCCUGCUCGGCCACGGCCUACCUCGGCGGAGUCAAGGCCAACUUGGGCACCAUAGGCGUAUCGGCUGCGGUGUCGAAAAAAAACUGCACGGCCAUGAACGAUCCGGAAAAUCACGUGGAUUCGAUAGCUAGGCUGUUCCAGUUGAAGGGAAAGAGCAUCCUCAAAUCCGGCCAGGACCCGACCAUCUGUCAGGACAUCGCCCGCCAGCUCAUCUUCGGCGACACAGGCAAAAACCUGCAAGUCAUCCUGGGCGGCGGGCGCAAGAAGUUCCUGCCCAAGGAGGUGGUAGACGAGGAGGGAAAACGGGGUGAGCGAUCCGACGGCGCCAACUUGAUCGAGGAGUGGAAAAAGCAGAAAGAGAGGGCAGGAGUGCGCAUUCGCGAGACGGCCUCCAACACGUACUAUCGUAUCGAAGCAGGAAAGAAUCGAAAAACACGUUUAUCGUCGAGAAUCUCCAGUGAACAGCGGUCGAGAUUCCUAGCGUUACAUUGUACUACAGUACGAAGUAAAUAUGAUGCGAAGGACGACGAUGUUUGGCCAUUUCCUUCACGUACUCCCCUUGGACCUACUGUAGAGACCAUUCGCGAGACGGCCUCCAACACGUACUAUCGUAUCGAAGCAGGAAAGAAUCGAAAAACACGUUUAUCGUCGAGAAUCUCCAGUGAACAGCGGUCGAGAUUCCUAGCGUUACAUUGUACUACAGUACGAAGUAAAUAUGAUGCGAAGGACGACGAUGUUUGGCCAUUUCCUUCACGUACUCCCCUUGGACCUACUGUAGAGACGUAA